GCUGCACGAAUUGUUGGCUUCCCCGGAUCAGUGACCAGCCAAGGCAAUUUGCGCCUAUUUGAGGCGAUGUAUGUGGCCCGGACAACUCAAGCGGAGCUUCGAACAGCGCAGGCGGUGGCGCGACAAGUCAAGGUCAAGAGCAGUGGGACGCAUCAUUACUCCUACGCCCAUUGCAGUGUUCCCCUGACGUUCAGGUGUCGUGCCAUGACGUCACCAACCUUCAUGCGGAACAACAACAGCAGCAGCGUUAGCAGUGGAGCAGGUGAAAAUGACCUCAAACCCCUCACCGAGUGCCAUCAUUGCCGAAUUCGUUCAAAAUUGCCUCAAGAUGCAAUCGAUUUGAAUCUCCUCAAUCUCUGUACCUCAUCUUUCAAAGAAUUGGGAGAAGGCUGCAUUGCUGCUCAAAAAUCGAUAAAUCUACAUUUUACGGAGUGUCGAGUAUUUUUAUUUGACCAAUGUUUGAUAAUCGCGGAAGAUAACAAUCCGACCCCCAGUGCAAGUACUCCUUCUGAGAACACCAGUGUUAGCAACGGCUUCCAGGCAAAUUUAGGGAGAGUGGUUUACGGAUCAGGCUCACUAUUCCAAAGGAUGGGUAGUUCAGUAUUUGAUCUUAGGCCACAACGAUCGAUGCGAUUGUUUGCCGAUGACAAAUCUCAUACACCCCUCUGCGGGGGACGAAGUCCGGCAGUACGCAGAACAGUCCGCAUUCGUCGCCAUGGGAGCCACCUAAGUAGCCUGGAGUCGGACAGUAGCGGCAGUCUUGGCGGCGGCGGCAGUGGGAACUGGCCGAGGUUGGGUUGGUCCACUCCCCAGGACCCCUUUCGCCAAUCCCGUUACAAAUUCAUUCACGCUGUCAAGGUUAACAGAAUGGCAUUCACGUCACAAAUUCUCAUGUCAGAACACAACAAAAAAAUGGAAUUUAUGUCUGCAUUGUAA